CUUCCGGUCUGCGCGAGGCUCUGGCGGAGGGGUCGCCGGCCCGGAGGAACCUGUGUUGGGUGUCCUGCUCCGGGGGGGGGAAAGGUGUCCGAGUCCGGUCCUUGUCGUCUGCGUUGCUGCCCCGAGACGGCGCGAGUUCGCGGGCAGUGACCCUGACGUCCGGUCCGAAUUCUCGGCCGCUGCCCCCGAGAGGUGGGGUGAAGCUUCCUGCCUUUCGCCUUUGUUCUGGUGCUGGCUGCAAGAUGAACUGUCGAUCAGAAGUGCUGGAAGUGUCAGUGGAGGGGCGGCAGGUGGAGGAGGCCAUGCUGGCCGUGCUACACACCGUGCUCCUGCACCGCAGCACGGGCAAGUUUCACUACAAGAAGGAGGGCACUUACUCCAUCGGCACCGUGGGCAUCCAGGAUGUUGACUGUGACUUCAUUGACUUCACGUAUGUGCGUGUCUCCUCUGAGGAGCUGGACCGGGCCUUGCGCAAGGUUGUUGGGGAAUUCAAGGAUGCACUGCGGAAUUCAGGUGGUGAUGGGCUAGGCCAGAUGUCCUUGGAAUUCUAUCAGAAGAAAAAGUCUCGUUGGCCUUUUUCAGAUGAGUGUAUCCCUUGGGAGGUGUGGACGGUCAAGGUGCAUGUGGUAGCCCUGGCCACGGAGCAGGAGCGGCAGAUCUGCCGAGAGAAGGUGGGUGAGAAGCUCUGUGAGAAGAUCAUCAACAUUGUGGAGGUGAUGAGCAGGCACGAGUACCUGCCCAAGAUGCCCACGCAGUCAGAAGUGGACAACGUGUUUGACACAGGCCUGCGUGAUGUGCAGCCCUACCUCUACAAGAUCUCCUUUCAGAUCACUGAUGCCCUGGGCACCUCCGUCACCACCACUAUGCGCAGGCUCAUCAAAGACACCCUUGCUCUGUAGGCCUUGCUGGGGCCUUGGCAGCUCCUUGAUGGCUCUGGGAGUCUGAUGCUGAGGUCUUGGGGCUCUGGAACCUGCUCUAGAUUCUUGGUGAGACUUGAAGAGAAGUUCCAGGUGUCCUUGUUUUGUGGUUACCAGCCUCUGGUGACCCUGUCGCCUUUGCAGUGGUUCUGUUCUAGAUGCAACCUUUCCACACCUCUCCUGGUGGGGUCUCUUUCUACACUGUACAGAACUACCAUGAGGGUUGCAAAUAAAGUUGAGAUGUGAGUUUGGCUCAGCUGUCUUGGCUUGUGUCCUGCCAUGAACACUUUGUGACAUUCUCAUGAGGACACAUGUAUGCUGAGGGCAUUCCAAACCGAGAGAAGUGGGUUGAUGCAGUUAAGCUGAUGGAGCUUAUGGUGUUAGACAUUCAUAUGUAGGUGUCCCCCAACCAGAUGUGACCAUGACUUGUCCAAUAGUGGGACAAUGGGUGCUUUGUCUUUAUGGCACAUACACAAAAAUUGUUUAACUAGGGGUAUUUAAGGAAAGGUGGGUCUUGGGGUUGUGGUUUCCAGUGACACUGCCCAGGUUGGCAAUGCUUGGGAACGCACUCAUUUUUACACAGGUGUACUCUGUCUCCACCGCUACACUCCUCACUUAUUCUGUAAUUUGGAAUGCUGUUGGCUACAUUUGGGAGAUCUAAGCCCAACUGAGUGAACGCCCAUAGGGAGGAACACUGAAGCUGGUUGGGUCCUGGCCAUGGUCCUGGAGCGGGGAGCUGGGAUGAUUUCCAGGUCAUGCACGUGGUGUCCUCCUCAGUCUAUGGGCACUCUGGAGGAUGGACGUCUGAGGGACUUAGAGCUAGAGAAGGCAUCUUUACAAGCUUCCCUGGCAUGCUGCAGUCGGGGUGUUCCCUAUUUUCUUUUGAGGUAUCGACUAGAGGUGACCUUUUCGGGGGGGGGGGGUGUUUGAGACAGAACCUUACCAGUAGGCCACAGCCUUGUGGUGAUUCACAGAUUAAUAGAAAUGGGUUAAUAUAAGAUGUCAGAGUUAGCUAGAAGUAUGCCUAAGCUAUUGGCCAAACAGUGUUGUAAUUAAUAUAGUUUCUGUGUGGUUAUUCAGGUCUGAGCAGUGGGGGAAAUGAAAGCACAGUCUGCCUACAAGUGAUACCCUAACAGCUGGGGCUAACACACAUGGUCUGCCUUCCACUUCAGGUCCCGGUUCUUGUACACCCGCUCAGGGUAAGGAGGGAAGUAGCUGAGAGCAUGCCUGCUGCUCAGUACCCCUGUUUGAGCAAGCAGCUGGAUGGGGUCUUCUAGGUGCGCAUGCUCCUUCCCAGAGUUGAGGUGUUGAGUGCGGCUCCUACCAGGCGGUCCCAGAACUGGCGGUAAAGGUACCUCUACCAUAUUGAAAGACUGAGAAAGGCGGAGCCAGCAUCUAGGGCUGCUGUGAACACACUACUUACCAUUUUAAAAUGCUUCUUGUCAGAAAAGUAUUUCAGAUAGGACAGAUUCAGACAUAAAAGACCUCUAAAUGAGGGCUGGAGAGAUGGCUCAGAGGUUGAGGGCAUUGCCUGCUCUUCUGGAGGUCCUGAGUUCAGUUCCCAGCGGCCACAUGGUGGCUCAUAACCAUCUGUAAUGGGGUCUGGUGCUCUCUUCUGGCCAGCAGGCAUAUACGCAGAUAGAAUAUUGUAUACAUAAUAAAUAAAUAAAUAUUUAAAAAAAAAAAAGACCUCUAAAUGAUUAAAAAAAAAGACCUCUAAAUGAGACAUAGUAUGUUUAAAAAAAUGUACAUAGGCUUGGGAGAGAGAAGAAAAAGUAUAAACAAUUAUAAAAAGAAGUAAAGUCUUUAAAGAGACAGUAAAAGUAAUAUGAAAAUGCAGCCAUAGAUUAAAGGAGUAAAGAAAAAUAAGCCAUGUAAAGAUGAAAUAUACACAGACUCGAUUAUGUAUAUUGUUAUGUUUCUUUGAAUCUUUUGACUGCAGAGAGAUACUUGAUUCUGGGGGCUGCUGUUAAUCCAGCAUAUGCAUUUUAAAGGUAUCUUGACUUCAGAAUUUGGGUCUAAGGAUUUGCUGCUUUGGAAAAGAGGUUCUGCUUUUGUUUCCACAGAGGAUAGAAAGCUGUGGAUUCCUUACCAGAUAAUACAGUUUAUCAAACAAGACCUCUUGAAACAAUGGCCCAGAUGGUCCAACAUCCAUGACAGCUUCAGGACUGCUGGUUGAGAUGGAUCUGCCACAUAGGAUGCCCCAUGAAAGACCUGAUUAACAGCGCUCCCAGUCAGCAGGAAGUAGUCUAGAGGACAACGCCCAAAUUCCCUAAAUGAUUGUUUAUAAAUGUUUAUUUACAUUUAAAGGGGAUAUGAUAUAGAGAUGAAUACUUUGUAUUGGUAUGAAUUUUGGUUUAUUGAUACAAAUUUAAGGUCAGUUUUGUUGUAUGUAUAUUUCUGCUCUUGAUUUAUGUGUUUAUGCAAUUCAUUUGAAAAUGUAUAAUUAAGAAAUGCAGGUUAAUAGAUAGUCUAUAAUAGUCAAGCUUGUAGUCCAUGUUAGGUUUUCUAGAUGUACAGAGAUAUGUUUCAGAUUUCAGAUGGAUAGGUUUUCUUCAAACCUUUCAAAGACUAACAGAAUAUGGCAUUUAAAAUGUUUUAAGAACUUAGGACUUUUCUGACAAUGAGGCACAUCUGCUCCUGGCAGCACCAAUUACUUCAAGAGGAAGAUGGGCAUUGAAGAGGCUGCUUAUGCCUUUUGGGCAAGAAACUGCUCUUGCCUGGACUGCUUGAUGGUGUGCUGUUUUAACUGGAAAAAUGACUGCUGAACUUGCCUAAAGGUGAGACAGUCCUUCAGGAUUCCUGCUUCAUGAAAGAGUCUGCUAGACAUUCUGCAGGAUACAGAAGAAAGUGACUGACAAACUGCCAAUAGAGGUGAAACGGUCUUUCAAAUUACCUGCUUCAUAGAAAAGUCUGCACGGAUACUAUAGGUCUGUAGGCUGAAGAUGGAUGCCCCAGUGUUACAGAAGAACUUUGGGUGACUGUCCAGGCAGUGAGAUGUCUCUGUCAAUUCUAGAAUUUUGGAAGUUGCUUACAAUGCACUUCCUUUUAACUUAGGUAAUAUAUCCUUCUGGGGUCUUUGAUGGAGUUGAAGAAUAGAUAGUUGUAGUUUUCCUUAGUUAUGAUAAAAGAUAAAGUAUGUAUAAAUAUUGUAACUGUAAGUCUUGCUGAUAGCUAUUUUGUUAAUUUUACUAUGUUAAAGUUAAAACCUUCCUUUUUAUUUAGAAAGAAAAGGGGAGAUGAUGUGGGAUUCCCCUCUGUAUGCUAUGAAUAUGUUAUAUUACCAUUGAUUAUUAAAGAAGCUGUUUUAGCCAGUGGCUUAGUAGAGUAAAGCCAGGUGGGAAAUCCGAACAGAGAUAUAGAGAGAAAGUAGGCAGAGUCAGAGAGAUGGCAUGUAACUGCUGAAUGAGAAAGAUGCCAGCUGCCAGCCACAACCUUACCGGUACACCACAGCCUCAUGGUGAUUCACAGAUUAAUAGAAAUGGGUUAAUUUAAGAUAUAAGAAUUAGCUAGAAAUAUGCCUAAGCUAUUGACCAAACAGUGUUGUAAUUAAUAUAGUUUCUGUGUGAUUAUUCAGGUCUGAGCAGUUGGGAAACGAAAACACAAUCUCCACCUACAGACAGGUCUCUACAUAGCUGAGACAUUCCUGGCUGCCCCAGAGCUAACUGUUUAGCUCAGGCUGGCCUCAGACUCAGAGAUCCACUAGCCUCUGUUUGGGAUUAAAGCUGUAACAUUUUUUGGUUUUGGUGAGAGGGUUUUGCCUAUGUAGCCCUGGCUGUCCUGGGUUUUAUUCUGUAGACCAGGCUGGCCUUGAACUCAGAGAUCCUCCUGCCUCUGCCUCCCAAGUGCUAGAAUUAAAGGCAUGUGCCACCACUGUCUAGCUUAGUUAUUC